AGUUUUAAAAUAUUGCGAAAAUGAACGCUGUAUUUCGUUUGUCGGGAUUUGAUCCACGACGUCAAAUUUGUAACAACCAAUAUGGCUGCGCCCUUGAAAACGUGAAUUUUAUAUUUUCAUCAGUUUCGGCAUGCCAUUUAAUUCUGACCAAAUUAUAUUUUGUCAGUGCAGCACCAUCGAAUAAGUAAUCCAGGAAUGUCAAAUUGAAGGAACAUUAGAAGUCAGAACAGGGAAUGAAUGAAAAGAACUGGACAUGAGUCGUUGAUCUUAAUGGAUGUCUGAUUACAGAUAAAAACACCGAUAACAUACAUUCCGAGGAACUAUGAGUCGUCUUGCUUGUAUAAUGAAUGUGAGACUCUGUUUGUCUCCGACAUUUCCACUACGUUGUCUACUAGAAGACAAUGUCAGGCGUACUAGUUGUAUUUUAGAACCAGAACUUACAAGACGGGGAAUCAAUCAGUUGGCUCAGAUGCAUCUGAUUAAAAGUUUUACUACAACGUCAGUUAGGUUCGAUUCGAGAAGGGCAAAAAAAGAUCCGAUCCUAAGGCGACCAAAACCAAUGAAGAUAAACAAAUUGGUUUCAAUAAAACCUGAUAUGACGGUGACACAAUUAGCGAAAGAAUUAGACAGAUCAGUGGAUCAGAUAUUUGAAGCUUUAUCAUAUGUUAAUGGAGGAGACAUUUACAGGAAAAAACAUUCAGUUAUAGAUAAUUUUGAUGUAAUAAAAGAAGUUGUGAAGAAAUGUGGUUUCAGACAUAAACUGGUUGAAGCUCAAAAAUCUGAGAAAGAAAAAGUUGAUAUAGUAAGACAACCUCCACCAGAUGAAUCUGUGCUACAGAAGCGCCCUCCAGUGGUUACCAUAAUGGGUCAUGUUGAUCACGGGAAGACAACUCUGUUGGACUAUUUACGUAAAUCGAAGACUGUUGACAAGGAAUUUGGAGGAAUAACACAGCACAUUGGAGCCUUUUCUGUACCAUUGCCGUCCGGCGAGACGAUAACGUUUCUAGAUACACCAGGUCAUGCUGCGUUUAGUACGAUGAGAGCUAGAGGAGCCCAGGUGACAGAUAUAAUAGUAUUAGUUGUAGCAGCAGAUGAUGGCGUCAUGGAACAGACGUUAGAAUCAAUACAACAUGCUAAACAAGCUAAUGUGCCUAUAAUAGUAGCUGUAAAUAAAAUGGAUAAACCUGAAGCUGAUCUUGAGCGUACAAAAAGAAUGUUAAUGGAACAUCAGUUAUUAAUAGAAGAGUUUGGUGGCGAUGUACAAGCAGUUCCAAUAUCAGCUCUAAAAGGAACUAAUAUUCAAGAAUUAAAAGAAGCAAUUAUUACCCAGUCCGAAAUAAUGGAGAUUAAGGGUGAUCCGGUUGGUUUAGUUGAAGGUCGAGUUAUUGAAUCCAGAACAGAUCCUGGUAGAGGAAAACUGGUUACAGCAGUUGUAAAGAGAGGAACUCUAAAAAGAGGUUCAAUUAUAGUUGCUGGUAAAACAUUGGCUAAGGUACGUGGUAUGUUUGGCGAUGAUGGUAAACCAAUAGUGAUGGCGCCACCAUCAACACCAGUAGAAAUAUCUGGAUGGAAAGAAUUACCGUCAGCUGGUGAUGAAAUUUUAGAAGUUGAUUCAGAGAAAUUUGCCAAAGAAGUUGUAGAUAACAGGUUACACCAGGCAUUACAAGAUAAAGCGGAGGUAGAUCAAAUAGCAAUAACAGAAAAACGUGCAGAACAUAGGAAGGGUUACGAAGCUAUGACUGCUGCUAGACUUGAAAGAGGAUUUAGAUAUGGCAGUAAUCGGGGAAUUAAGAAAGGGAAAGAGACAAUAAUAACACAUGAGGGACCACAAUUAUCUUUAGUUUUAAAAGGUGAUGUAGAUGGAUCUGUUGAAGCCAUCUUGGACACCCUAGUGAUGUAUAAUUCUAAGAAAUGUAAUCUAGAUCUCGUUCAUUAUGGUGUUGGUAAUAUUACAGAACAAGAUAUCAAAUUAGCUGAAUCAUUUGAUGGUGUGGUUAUGGGAUUUAAUGUGUCCAUUCCUAGUACUGUACAGAAAAUAGCUGAGUCGUGUAAUGUACCUAUAUCCUUACAUCAAGUUAUUUAUAACUUAUUUGAUGAUCUCUGCUCACAACUUAAUGCUAAAUUACCCGUUAUAGAAGAACAGGAAACAAUAGGCGAGGCCAAAGUUUUACAAUUGUUUAAAUUAAGCAAGAAGAAAAAAGAAAUCAUUGUGGCAGGUUGCAGAUGUACGAAAGGGUUAUUACAUAGGAAGAAAAAUUUUAAAGUUAUUAGAAAUGAUGAAGUUGUGUAUGAAGGUUCCAUAAAUUCUCUAAAACAUUUAAAGAACGAAGUCGAGACGAUAAAAAUGGAUGUAGAAUGUGGUUUAAGUUUAUCAGACUCUAGUUUUAUAUUUGAAGAAGGCGACAUUAUCCAGUGUUUCGAUUCAAAACAAGUCACACAAGUUAUUGACUGGAAUCCAGGCUUUUGAUAGUGAUUUAUUUUAAGAAAGUAAUUAUGAAAAGUUCUAGUGUGAUCAACAUGUUUUAAAUUACAGACUUGUGUUAUUCAGAAAAACAAUGAUUGACUCUUCAGGGACUCCUACAAAUGAGGACUUAAAAAUCAGAAAUAUGAAUUUAGAUUUUAAAAUGCAAGUCUCCAUUCUAAAGUUGGAUCUACCACUUUGACAUUAAAAAUCAAUAUAUGCAAGUCUUGAUUCUAGAGUUGGAUCUCUUUGAUCAGAACCACACAGAUCAACGUAUCGUCGGUGAAGUGUCAAAAGGGUGUAUUUAAGAAUUUCUAAAGAUUAAGAAAUCGAACCUUUUGCAUUUCAAAAUUUCCACAAAUCAAGAUACAACAUUUGGACACAUGAUACCCAGAACAGUUAUAAUUGGCUUAGUGAUACAAGACAGAAAUGUGCAUAUUAAUUGGGAGAUUUUAAAAAUGCAAAAAAAUGUAUUUGACUAAUUUCCCGAGAUACACCCUUUUGACACUUCACUGACAAUAUGCAAGGCUUGAUUGUAAAGUUAUAUCUACCAGUACCAAUCUGAUGUAUAGCAAUGUAAACCGGGUAUCAUUUAAUCUUGCAUAUUAAGCUCUUGUUGAUUUGACAUUCAUUUAAUAUAAAAUCUUUGUUUAAAAAUUGGUUUGGGUGAGCUUAGACAUUUUUACGAAUUUUCAAAUGAAAGUAGGUACCCAGGUUACAGUGCAAAUUUUAAACGAAAGAUGGUACCCAGGUUACAGUGCAAAUUUAAUGGUACCCAGGUUACAGUGCAAAUCUAAUGGUAUCCAGAUUACAGUGUAGAUUUAAUGGUACCCAGGUUACAGUGUAGAUUUAAUGGUACCUGGGUUACAGUGUAAAUUUAAUGGUACCCGGGUUACAGUGUGAAUUAAUGGUACCGGGGUUACAGUGUAAAUUAAUGGUACCCGGAUUACAGUGUAGAAUUAAUGGUACCCGGAUUACAGUGUAGAUUUAAUGAUACCCAGGUUGCAGUGUAGAUUUAAUGAUACCCGGGUUACAGUGUAGAUUUAACGGUACUCGAGUUACAGUGUAGAUUUAAUGAUACCCAGAUUACAGUGUAGAUUUAAUGGUACCCAGAUUACAGUGUAGAUUUAUUGUAAUUUAUUGCCUUACAAGAACUGUGAUAGUAAUACAUUAUUAGUGCUAGUCUCAGAUUUUUAUGUGAAGGUUUUGUUGUUGAUAAUUUGUUUUGCAUGAAAAGGAAAGAACAUCCAGGUCUUCCACAGGUCUAUGAAUCAGAAACAUUGUUUGCAUUGUUUUAAAUAAAACUCGGAAACCACAAAAAUAUAUAAACAAUGUCUACAGAACAGUACAAAAUCCAUCCUGUCCCUCUGCUGUGAGAUGGCCUGUCAAACCUCGUGGGUCCUCCGGUUUCCUUCCACUGCUAAAGACCCCUUAUUGAUAUGAAAUUGAACCAUAUGUUAGUCCCAAAAUGACCUAGUUUGUGUCGAGUGGACCUUAAGUCCCAUUUGUCUCUCUCUCUCUCUCUCUGUAGUGAGGUAACUCAUGGGUCUAAUUCAUACUUAAUGCUACCUAAAGAAUUUUAAUGUGUAGUAAGUUUCUAGGAAGGAUAUUACCUUAUCUGUAACUGUUAAAUCUGGGCUCCAGUUUAAGUCAGUCUUCUUUAACAGCUUGGUAACUUGUAUUUAACUUAUAUACACAUUACGUGACAAGGAGUAGGGUCAUGGGUUUUCUCCAGGUCCUCCGGUUUCCUACCACUGCUAAAGACCUCUAUGCGUAAGCAAAUUAUUGAAAUAAAAUUGAACCAUGUGUUUGUCCCGAAAUUACCUAGUUUGUGUUGAGUGGACGUUAAACCCAAUCUCUCUCGCUCUAAUUCAACAAGAUGACAUUCUUUUCUAUCUCUCUCCAUAUACACAUAUUUUCACCGGCAAAAAAGUUGGUCUUAUCAAAAGUAAUGGGACUGUUUCUAUGUCACCAGCAAAAAUGCGUACAUUCAAAAUGGGCUCAAGACAUUUUAGCUGACACUGGCCCAAUAAGAAAGUAGCAGGAUUCUCUUCAGACAAAUUCUAAGUAAUAGCCGAGGGGUUGGGAGGUGGGAUUUACUAGUGACAAAUGUCAAGGAAUGGGUGGCAACAGCCAAGAGGGCUUCCACUUCAAAAUUUUCCCAGCCGGUCAUUUGUCACGUAGAGAAAGUGGUGUUAUUUUUAGCAAAUAAAAAGCCACAAAACUGUGGCAAGUUGUGAAAUCAUGGAAGCGUAACCAGUUUUUUUAUAAAAUUAACCCACUCAACUUUUACACAGUAUUAUAAGGUUUGUCACUUAGUGAUUAGAUUUUUUUAGAUUUUUUCCUGUACCACUCUGACCUUAUCACUGAGAUCCAAGCGCUUACAUGCACUGUGCUUUGAGAUUCUUCCGCCCUUGAACAACAUUCAGUGAAAGGAAUUUUUUUAAGUCGCUACCUUGGUCAGCUACAUGUGUCACUCACAAUAAUACCUAGAUGGUACAGAAAAAGAAAA